AUGGAUCUCUUUAAUCAGGGUGUCGGUCCUUCUGAACGGAGAAGAGGAGGUCCCAGGGAGGCACUAUGGAACAAGGAGAGGAGAGGGUUUAUCCUCGGCUCGCUGGGUACUCGUGUGGUCUUUCUCGAAGACAGCCCUGGGAGUCCAUGGAUCACCCGUGCUGGUAUAACCAUUGAAAAGGGCCAGAUCGAUAUCGCUUUGAUCGCGGAGUGGCUACACAGCUGUGAAACGGUGCACGGCAGCGAGUGCGCACCGCAGCCUCUGAGCAUCGGCUGUUCCCCCUCCGCAGGCCCAAGCCUCAAGACCUUUCGGUUGCUUGAUGUUAUCAAUGGCUGUAUGGUGGAGACGCCCAUUCAUCGUGAUUACUUUGCGCUGAGUUAUGUCUGGGGCGGAGUUGAGCAGGUUCGCCUGACAAAGGGAAACAAGGAUCUGCUAAUGAGACCGGGAGCCCUAGCUGGAUUGGCUUCGCAACUCCCAAAAACCAUUAGAGAUGCGAUAGACCUGGUGCGUCUGCUGGGGAAGCAGUACCUAUGGGUCGACUGUCUAUGUCUGGUCCAGGAUGAUGAUGAAGACCUCGCCGACAGUAUUGGCUAUAUGGACCUGGUGUACAGAGGAGCCACGGCCACAAUCAUCGCUGCAAGUGGACAGAAUGCAGAUUCUGGAUUGCCGGGAGUUCAUCCGAACUCUCGUCACGCAGUCCAAGUCAUUGAAGAGAUCGCCCCUGGCGUGCGCAUGACGGUCCUCAGAGAGCCCGACGAGUUUCUAAACAUCUCCAAGUACUCUACUCGAGGUUGGACGUGA